AUUCACUCACACAUGCAGUCUAGAGCAACACACCAACAUUACGAGUCUAAUACAGUCAAUUCCCCCAAAAAAUUGUGAACAGCAAGCACUUGAUAGAGACACAGAAAUCUUUGCAGAAUAUGGGGCUGUCAGAGGUCCCAGAGAGUAAGUCACUGCUAGUGGUGGUUCUACUAGCUGACAUGGCCAUUUCCGUUCUUCGAGAGAGCAGUGCUAUUGCUAACGGCAACAAAAACACAGAGGCCAGUGCAGCUAUUGGUAUAGCGACGUACGUUAUUGUUGUGCUCAUAUUUUGUGGCUUUUACUCUGUUAUGGCCAUCAUUUCAUUGGUCAGUCUCUACAAGAAACUAGAUCAUGUGAAUCGCAAGAAAAAGAUUACGUUUAAAUCGAUCACCUUCUCUAUCCAAAUAGUUGCAGCCAUUUUUUAUUUGUACGGGGACAACAUUUUCCACCUUGUGAGAAAUGCGAGAGUACUAAACUGUGAUGAAACUUGCGUGUCAGACAACGAGACCUUUGCCUUCCUCUGUCUUGGAGUGGCACUGAUAAUCUUCCAUAUUGCUCCUCCCAUGUUUGAGAAAUGUUACAAGCUGAUCAUCAACGAAGAAAAUGUGGAGGUAAAGAGCCCCUGGGUUCUCGCAGUCAGUAUGAUUGCAGUGAUAGCUAGAAUUGACAUGCUCUAUUCUGUAGUCUUCGAGAAAGCUCACCUACAACAAGACUCUUGCCUUGUGGCAGACGUUGUUUCAAGUUGGAUUUUUGUUGUGAUUAGUGUUACCUUUGGAAGUGUAGCUAUAACAGUUCACUGUGUACAUGCACUACGUGCCGAUAGAGGGAAGAGCCCAUACUUAAAACCGUUGGCUAUUUUUAGUCUAGUGACCAUCUUACUAAGCUUCCCCCUGUACAUACUAGCUGACAACACCCAACCACUCAACCAUGUGUUCAAGUGCACAAACGUUACUGAUGAAGACAACACUAAAUAUAUUGAAAAUGUUGUAAGGCUGGGAUGUAAUACGCUCACUCUUAUCGUGAUUGCUUCAAUAACGAUUAUCUUCAGCUGUUUCUCGUAUCGUGCAAAGAAAAGCAAGGCGGCUCAGGCCAUUGAGAUGUGAUUAAGUUACCCAACAAACAGAAGAGAUACGUGUUCUAUUAGGAUAGCUAAGAGACUGCAUGUUAGACAUAAAAAUGUUUUUGGGUGCGUCCUUGAUGUAUAUUUACAUAAUUGUGUAGCUCAUUUUUAGAAGAUUUUCAGUGACAGUAUAACU